AGACCCCUCGGCCUUCAGCGCGGCUCCAAGAUCGUGCCCCCCCCCCAAGUGGCUGCGGCCGCGCGCGAGGCAGAGGCGGCCGUGGCACCGCGCUGCUUGCCUGCCACCUGCCCUGAGGGGCCUCCCGGGACGGCGCAUGGUGGCGCGAUCCGAUGGCGCCCGAGGACGUGAAGAUCGUCGCUCGCAGAGAUCCGGGGGUGCACGGCGGCCCUCUCGAUAAGGAGGACGUGACCCAGAACUGGCAGCGGGUGCUGAGGGAGUUCUUGCUUCACGACGGGCCUCUGCACAAGGAGCUGGAGGACUCGGCGCACAAGUUCGUGAAGACGGGGGGGUGCACCAAUCUGAACUUUGCCCUCAGCACGCUCAUGGACACGGCGUGGAGCGUGUCCGUGCUUGUGCUGGAGGCGCUCGAGGCGAAGCGCUUGCCAGCGAUGGUGACGGAGGCGUUCAGUGGCGACGUGAGCUUCCGGGUGCGCUACGAGCAGCUCCUGAAGAAGUUCAACCAGUGCCGCGGGAACUAUCUCGAGGAGAUCACGUCGCUGCGGUCGGUGAACCUGCAGAAGUGCAGGCCGGGGGAGAGCCUUGACGACCUGUACAAGAGGCACCUCGACAUCUUCCACUUCGUGCCCGAGUCGGCCCUCACGGACGACGAGCUCCCCUACUUCCAGCAGGCCGUGGAGGAGUGCGUCAGGUUGGCCGUCCUGAACACUGAGAACCCCAGCAGGCUGCAGCGGAAGGAGCUCGAGGAGCAGCUGGCGAGCACCAAGGAUCAGCUGGAGCAGGCCGUGGAGCGGAUUCACGACCUCGAGGACGAGCUGCGGUCGGAGCGCGGCCAGAAGCGCGCGGACAAGGACGUGCAGCAGAUGGUCAAAAGCUUGAAGUCCAACCAGAAGAAAGAGCUCGCCGAGAGAGAGGCGCAGAUCGAGGAGCUCUUGGGGAACCUGAAGAAGGGCGAGGAGAAGAUCCACCAAAUGAGGCUGCGGCUCAAGCAGGCCUCCCUCGACGACACGGAUCUAGCGACCAUCAAGACGGAGUCCCUGUGGAAAACCAUAAAUCAAGACGCGAGCCUGCAGGUGCAGCUGGAUGAGAAGGAGGCCCAGAGGAAGGCUCUCCAGGAGAGGGUCCUCGAGCUGGAGCGGAACGCCCAGCGCGCGGCCCAGGACUUGGAGUUUGUCAGGAACCAGAACGAGGAGAAGGACGCGCAGCUGGGCAAGUCCACGGCGCUGCUCAAGGAGAAGGACGGGGAGCUCCAGAAGGCCAGGGAGCUCCUGGUCGCGGGCGAGGGCGAGGUGGAGAGGCUGACCAGGCAGCAGCCUGGCGGCUCCAAGAGCUCGACGGUCGCCGGCGCCGGCCGCGGCCUCAGGCGCUCGGACAGCAAGCGGAUGGUGAGCAAGAAGCUGGAGGGCAAGUCGCCGCGCGCGUCGCGCCGCAACUCGGGCGCAUCGCCGUCGCUGUCGCCGGAGGGGCCCGCGUCGCCCGCGCUCUCCCGUGGCAGAGGGAGACGGGACGUCGCUGGGCGCGUCGGUCCGCAACCGUUGCGGCGGCUUCCCCCGUAGCGUCUGCCACCCGCUUGGCUAGGACCCCGAAGGCACUGGACGCUUCGCGGCCCCGCCCGCCGCCGUGGGUUUCAACCGCCACGGGGAGGGAGAUGAAGCCCUUUGCCGUGCAAUGUGGCGCGGUGUUUUGGAGCGGAUUUUUGAAUUCCCGGUACCGCUCCGUCGGUGCGCUCAACGAAGAGGCCGACGCAGCGAGGAUAUCGGCGCGCAGCCCAAACGUGGCUGCAAAGUCCCUGGCGGCCGGCAACGACCACAUUUUGACAACGACCCGCCCCCCACCCGCGCAGUUCCCGCAGUUUUUUGGGGAAACUUGCGCGGCGCCUUGUAC